AUGUCUACAGAAGAUUUAUAUGAGGAUUUGGACCCGAUUAGUGAACCAGAAAUAGCAUAUUUAAGAACCACGCAAUUAAUGAAAAAACACUUUGGAUACACUCACCCCAGGAUCCUCGGCGAGGGCUCAUUUGGCUCCGUGAUUCAGUUUAACCAUCCAGAAAAUGAAGAAGGAGUGGCCAUAAAAUUGCUGCAUUUAGAAGAGGUAAAUGAAGGAGAGCGUAAACUUUGGAUACGACUGCGGCACGAAAACAUCGUGCCUUUGCAAAGAUUUACCAUUUUCCCAACGCUCAAGGUAGCCUGCUUCGAAAUGCAGGUCUACCCUUAUGACCUAAUGAAAGCGGUUACCUCAAAUGAAUACCUUGAAAACCCAGAUUCCCUUAAUCAGCUAAAAUUAUGGCUACAUCAAAUAUUAUGCGGAUUAGACUUUUUGCAUUAUAAGAACCUCUGCCACCUGGAUAUGAAAUCCGAUAAUGUUCUGAUAUCACGGCGUGCCUCAAAAGCAAUGAUACCAGAUUUUACAUUUCUCAACAGAACGACAUCCCUCAUAGGAAGCGACGACAUCGGCUUGCCAAUUAUGUAUCAACCACCAGAGGCCUUUCGUGUCCUCAAAAAGGGUGAAUCAAUAGAUGGUCGUGUCUUUGACCUAUGGACGUACGGACUUAUGUCAUUCGAGGUUCUCAGUAAUUUCCAUAUGGUGCGAUCCUUCGCCUGCCGACAUCUGGGCGCAGAACUUCGACACGCGUCAAUAAGGGGAGCCUUGAUGGAAGAGGCAUUCACCGAUAAAAUAAAAACAGCACUCCCUGCAGUGGAUAUCACUUAUGAGGAUGUAAAACUUGCUCUUGACUUCAUACAUUCAUUCCUCAAAUCCGAUCCAUCUGCAAGAAUCACGGCUUAA